CUCUUUAGCUUUCGUAGCGACAGUCCAUGCAAUGACUGCUGCUGCUGGUUAAGGCCUUGGUUAAGCGUCCCCUUGGAGUGCCCGCUGCAACAACAGAUUCCAGUUUUGUGUUUCGAUUUUGUUCUAUAGUUAUGCCGUGUUAUAUUCCAGGUUUUGUACUGUUAGUCUGUUGACUGUUACAAUAUCAGUGUUAGGAAUGUCAAAAUCAUACCAGUUUGCCGAUGGACCGCGAACCUUCAACUACGACAUUAUCCGCCAUAUCGGGCGUGGUGGCGGUGGGACCGUAUCGGAAGCGACAGAGAUCAUUGAUGGGGAAGUGUCCAAGCGGCCGGUGGUGGUAAAAGAAAGUCUUUGCGCCAACACGAGUGACGAAGUACUGGAAACCAUAGAGAAAAAACUGCGGCGUAUUUGCCGGAUUAAAAGCCCCAAUGUUACCGAGUACUAUCACGCUAAGGUGGAUAAGUUCGUGUACGGUAUAGAGACUUCUGUACAAACAGUGGUGGUGAUGGAGUACUGCCCACUUGGAGAUUUGGAAACCUACGCCAAGCUAACCAUGUUAUCAAACAACGAGAUCAAAGACAUUAUACGACAAAUUUUAACCGGCCUAGUAGCCAUUCACUCCCAUAAUGUGAUCCAUAUGGAUUUGAAGACGGCUAACAUUGUCCUCGCUCACGAUGACCGGCAUUCACGAUAUGGCUUGGUGGCCAAAAUAACCGACCUUGAUGACCAUUAUGCCCUGCAAGCCAGUGUUACAAAAAGUAAGGAAGUGACCAGCAACCUAAAGGGCACGACGCACUUUAUGUCGCCCGAAAUGCUGGAGCUGGGAAAGGGUCAGUACCAGAUCGGGAGGAUGACCGACAUGUGGAGUAUGGGCUGCAUAAUCGUGGAACUGUACCGUAAUAACCAACCCUUUCGCUUCGUCCAGACGAUAAAUGGAAUGCCAAAUCCCGCAACCGUUUUGCUGGUUGACGAAGUUAAUCUACCGAGCGCCAUCGAAAAUUUUGUACGCAGUGGUGGAAUCCCCGAGCUUCCCCUGGAAAUACCAGAUGUGGCUAGAACGAUGAUGGAGAAGUGUUUCGAAAGAGAUCCGGCUAAACGGAUGAGCCCAGUGGAUAUGUUGCAUAGUGUGUGGUUCGAGAAUGCAGAUGCUCCGUAUGUUCCAAAACCUGGUACCGUUAGAGGAGAAGUGAACGGGGGAAAUGAAUUUGACCUGAGGAAUAAAGCCUUCAUCCCCAAACCCAGUCGCGAGAUGAUAUGGGACUGUGGCGUUAAUUGUGCCGCGCGAGUGCUGAUGCACCAUACUCCCCACACGCAUUUUCCCUACCAUUGCUACGCCACCGAAGUGGCACAAGUGAAGAAGAACAUCGACCCCGGUCAGCCAGUGGACGAGAAGUAUCGUCGGUUACUUCUGAAAUGGCUGCAGCAGAGUCAGGCACCGACAGCCAUUCAGCAGAAUCCCUGGGCGACGCUGGCUAAUACCUUGGGGUCAUUCCUUUUGUCCGUUGACUCACCGCGCCUGACAGCGCUGAUCACGCUGAUGCUGCCGACGAUCGGACCGUCGUUUCCCGAUGUGGCCAGAUGGAUGAACCGAUACACGAAAGAGUACCAGUACGUGUGCAAAGGUCGCGCUACUUGGUCAGAUAUUAAGCAGCUGCUGGAUCGUCAUGAACCGGUUAUCGCACAAAUGUCGUUGGGUGAUCUGGAGUUUAGCGAUACGAUCAGGCAGGCAGCCGCCCUGACCGGCUACCAAGCGAUGUGCCCAACGACUUUCCCCAAUUUCCAUGCGGUCGUUCUGCGCGGGUACACAGGUGCGAAGCCUAACGGAGAACCCGAUAGGUUGUGGAUGACAUAUCCUGACGGAGAGAAUACAGAGAUGUCGUAUGCGCGGUUUAAAAAGUGUGCUAACUGGGAAUCUUCUCAUCCGCUGACAAAAGAAGCAUUCGAUUUGUCUGGCUACGAACCGGGGCAGAUUAUCUAUCGUGUUAAGAAGGGAGUUCUGAUCGAUGAGAAACCGGAAUAGCAGUACGAGCUUAUCCUGAUAACGCUAAUUAUGAGAGGUCUUCAUGCUCUUUAAUUACAUUAACCUACAGCGAUAAGAUAAGCAGUGACAUUAAAAAUCAUAGUUCUGAUUUGCGUUUGGUUGAUCUUUACGCUUUACGCCUGAACCUUGAAGCAGAUUGCCAGUACACCUAAGCUUUAAUUGAAUAGAACAUUAUUAACAUGUUGUCUAUCAGCUGUC